GAAAAGUUGCGUUAAAACGCGAAGGAUUUAAAGCGAUGACAUCAGUAACUGCCGAGAAAGCAACGUUUUUACGUAUAUACUGCGGACAUAAAGAAAGAUAUCUUCGUUAUUUUUUGAAGGUACUAUUAGUCAAAACUAAUUAGAACGGUUUUGCACUUGCAACAAAAACACCCCUUUUUAAAGAAAAUUAAUUAAAUUUCAGUUUUACAAACUUUUCUUUUUCAAGCUUAACUUUUAUACACAUAACGAUUUUGUUUGCUAUCGAAUAUAAAUAAUCGAAAACUGGGGCGGGCACAAUUCUAUAUUUUAAACUUCUGAGAAAGUCGGAAUACAAUCUGUCUGAAUUUGUACCGAACAAAUCCAUUAAGAAUCGGCUCUGCCCUGUUUAUCAUUCAUAUCAUUGUUUGAAUAACGAUUUUUAAACUGCAAGAAUGGGAGUGACAGAUGUGCUGGAGAUCGGGAGCUGUGACUUCAUUCAGAUCCUAGCUACUGACCGAGAUGAGUUCAGCUCCAGCACCGGCUCCUUGGUUCUUGACUGCCGACCCUUCCUCUCCUAUUCCCGCGUCCAUGUGAAGGGGUCCCGCAGUGUGAACUGGAACUCGGUGCUGCGGCGCAGGUCAAAGAGUUCGACCGUGAGUCUGGAAUGGCUCUUCCCGGACAGAGCGCUCCUGGCCCGGCUGAGAGGAGGGGAGCUGUCCUCUGUGGUGGUCCUGGACGAGGAGAGCCGAUCUGUCGCCGAUCUCAAAGCCGACAGUCUGGCAUGUAUGCUGCUGAACGCCUUGGCAAGCGAGGUCCAGCCUAAAAAAACGCAAAUCUGCUUCUUGCAAGGCGGGUUCGAAGGUUUUUUUUCCCUGUUUCCAGAGCUCUGUCUCCAGAGCCCGGGUCUGUGCUUCUCUCCCGCCCUCAGUGACCCGGAGCCCGGCCUCACCGGCAGGAAAACACCGCUGUACGACCAGGACGGUCCCGUGGAGAUCCUGCCCUUCCUCUUCCUCGGCAGCGCGCACCACUCCUCUCGCAGGGAGGUCCUGCAGGCACUCAGCAUCACGGCGGUUCUGAACGUCUCCUCUUCGUGUCCCAACCUGUUCGAGAGCGAGCUGCGCUACAAGAGCAUCCCGGUGGAGGACAGCCAGGCGGCGGACAUCAGCGCCUGGUUCCCCGCGGCCAUCGACUUCAUCGACUCCGCGAAGAACAGCGGCGGCCGUGUUCUGGUUCAUUGCCAAGCCGGAAUCUCCCGCUCAGCUACCAUCUGCCUGGCUUACCUCAUUUGGUCCCGGCGGGUCAGACUGGAAGAAGCCUUUGAUUUCAUCAAGAAGCGCCGCGGCGUGAUCUCUCCGAACCUCGGCUUCAUGGGACAGCUGCUGCAGUUUGAAACGGACGUGCUGUGUCACUGAGCCAGCCCGCGGCGUGAUCUCUCCAAACCUCGGCUUCAUGGAACAGCGGCAGCAGUGUAGCUGAGCCAGCCCGCGGCUGAAGAAAAGCGCAAGACUUGAACAGGGACGGUGCGGUUGAAACGGUGGUGCGUCUCCUUGCACGAACUGAACUUUAAACCUGAAGUUUACAAGAAAUAAAAAAGGUUCACUAUGAGUUAGUUUAUUUCUAAAAUGAAUAAUACUAUCCAUUUUCAAUAUGCAACUGGAAUACGAGACUAAAAGAAAUCUUUGUAAUCGCGGUGUGCCUGAACUUUUUCAAAACUGACAUUUUUAUCUUAAAUUGUGAUGCAAAAGAACAAACAUGUUAGCAAUGGGUUACACGGAUGCAACAUUUAACACUCAACACGAAUUCAUCAAAACUGCCUGGGGGAAAAAAGCCUACAUGUUUUAAAUAUGCUUUUAAAUGCAAUUUUUGAAAUGGCUUCAGAUUUUUUUUUAAUUUUUUGCAAAAAUGUCUGUUUGCAAAAUCUAUUGUUUACAGCGUGCUCGCAGUUUCCUUAUGAAAAAACAUAUUCCUCACGCAAAAACCUCCAUUUGUGAAUUUUAACAUAACUUCAAUGAUUUUUUGCACUGCAAAACGUGACGUCACCGAGCCGCUGAGAGAAUUUCAUUUCAUCACAGACGGAACACUUUUUGAUGCUGCAUUUCUCAUACACAGUGCUGAACGUGUUUGCUUGUUAUUUCACGCGUGGGUUUUUUUGAUGCUGCAUUUCUCAUACACGGUGUUGAACGUGUUUGCUUGUUAUUUCACGCGUGGGUUUUUUUGAUGCUGCAUUUCUCAUACACAGUGUUGAACGUGUUUGCUUGUUAUUUCACGCGUGGGUUUUUUUGAUGCUGCAUUUCUCAUACACAGUGUUGAACGUGUUUGCUUGUUAUUUCACGCGUGGGUUUUUUUGAUGCUGCAUUUCUCAUACACGGUGUUGAACGUGUUUGCUUGUUAUUUCACGCGUGGGUUUUAGAAGUAUUGCACUUUAUAUUUAUAACACAUUCCAAACUUGGUGGGAAUCUGUAUUGUUUUAU